AUGGCCAACUCAAGCGCUGAGCAAUUAGUUCCCCUUAUGACUGAUCAGCAAAGGGAGGUAGUCGAUGUAUUGUUUUUCGCCUUUAUCAUUAACACGAUUAGUACCCUUGGAUCAAUAGGCAACAUAAUCAACAUCCUUGUGUUUACUAAACAGGGGUUCCAGGACACAGUGAACAUCAGCUUCUUGGCUCUGGCCGUGUCUGACCUUGGCAGUCUCGUGACCUUGAUAUGGAAAGGGAUCACAGCGAUCUUGGCAGCAGCAUGGCCGGACAUCCCAAUGAGCUUGGGUGACGUCAGCUACUUGACAGCAAUGGUCCCACACGCCAUGUUUGUCCGAGUCAGCUGGCUGAUCACCAGUUUCAUCACCAUAGAGAGAUGUCUGUGUGUCACCAUGCCCCUCAAGGUCAAACACGUCAUCACCGCGUCCAGAACCGUCGCGGCCAUGGCGCUGAUCUACGUCUGCGUUUUCCUAGGCAUGUCUCCCUUCUACAUCGGGAGUUCCUUGACCAGCGUCCUUGACCUUCAAACCAACAAGACCAGAAUCGUCCGAAGUUUUAGUAAAGAGAGCGUCUACUACACGGACAGCAUUGGUCACAACUUCAGCGUGUCAGCCCAGUUCAGUUCCAUCUUCAUCGACCUGCUGUCCACGCUGGUCAUUGUCAGACAGAUGCAGGUCAAGUGGAAGUGGAGGCUGGAGUCCACGUCCUCUGGCACCAGUGACCGCCUGUCUGUCCGAGAGAAGAAGCUGGUCAAGAUGGUGCUGGCCAUCUUGUGUGUGUUUGUCGCGUGCGUGUCACCCAGCUGUGCCAGCUUCCUGUGUGAGCUGGUCUACGGCUGGAAGUUUGGUCUAACUGGGCCUAACUAUAACGUCUUCAUCACCGUCUGUUCUGUCAUCAUUACAUUUGAAGCUGCGCAUAGCUCGGUCAAUAUUUUUAUUUAUUAUAACAUGAGCGCCAAGUAUCAGUCAACGUUCAAACAGAUUUUCUGUAAGGCUGAAUGUAAAUAA